AUGGUGUUGCAAAAAAGCCAGAAGAUUGUUGUUGUCACCGGCGGAACCCGGGGGAUUGGCUACGGCACUGUGAAAGUGCUGGCGGAGACAUUACCCAAUGACGUCAUCUAUAUGACGGGUAAGUUGCGUCGAAAAUAUGGAUGACAUUUGCAGGAAGGGAUAUUGUUUUUGGAGAGAGAGUCCUCAAGAAACUGGAUUGUGAACUUAUGAAUAAAAAACACGCAGAGAUCCGUCUACAUCCCUUGGACAUUACUGAUGAGGAGAGUUGUCAAAUCUUUGCAGAGCAUUUGGAAAAGGAACAUGGCGGGCUUGAUAUUCUCAUCAACAACGCUGGAUUUGCCUACAAAGUCGGUUUCAAAAAAGUGUUAAUUCCUUUUUUUAGAACAAUGAUCCUACACCUUUGGAAAUCCAAGCUGAAGUCACAUUGAAUAUAAAUUAUUACGGAACCAAAAGAAUCACCGAUUAUUUGGCUCCAAUAAUGCGUCAGCGUGGCCGGUGAGUACAGAAGUAUAGCUUCUAAUCGUGAAGUUUAGAAUCAUCAACAUCUGCAGUCAAGCGGGAGUAAUGCGAGGGGCCUACAAGAACGAAUACAUCGACCUGGUGGCAAGUCCCACCUCGACCUAUGAAGAUGUUGAUAAACUGAUCGAGAUCUAUAAGGAGCAUUGUAAGAAAGGGCUUCCCGUUGGAGAUGGGACCUUCGCAAAAACGGCCUACAGUGUUUCGAAGGCGUUGGAGAUCGCUCUGACCAUGAUCCAAGCUCGCGAGUUCAAGGCCAAAAAGAUCCUCGUCAAUUGCGUAAGUGUGCUUGUUGGCACAAUGACAAUACAAUUCUAUUUUUAGUGUUGUCCUGGUGCGGUAGCGACACGAAUGACCGGUUUCAAGGGGAUCUUCACCCCGGAAAGAGGGGCUGAUUGUGCAGUUUAUCUAGCAACGGCUCGAUUUCUUCCUUCGGGCAUGUUCUUUUAUUUACGGAAGCCAAUUGAUUGGCCUUGA